ACACCCCCACACCCCCACACCCCCACACCCCCACACCCUCACUCACUCACAUACACCAUGCAGACCAUAAAGUGCGUCGUUGUCGGAGAUGGUGCCGUUGGCAAGACAUGUCUCCUUAUCUCGUACACCACCAACAAGUUCCCUUCUGAAUACGUCCCCACAGUGUUUGACAACUAUGCUGUCACUGUCAUGAUCGGGGAUGAGCCCUACACCCUUGGACUGUUCGAUACUGCCGGUCAGGAGGAUUAUGAUCGUCUGCGCCCGCUCUCGUACCCCCAAACGGAUGUGUUCCUUGUCUGCUUCUCCGUCACUUCACCAGCGUCGUUCGAGAACGUGAGAGAAAAGUGGCUACCAGAGGUCCACCAUCACUGUCCUGGAGUCCCUUGCUUGAUUGUCGGUACACAGGUGGAUUUGCGCGAUGACCCAGCUGUUGUGGAAAAGCUGGCGCGUCAGAAGCAGAGACCUAUUUCGGCUGAGAACGGCGAGCGGUUGUGCCGUGAACAGAAUGCUGUCAAGUACGUCGAGUGUUCGGCCCUGACUCAGAAGGGAUUGAAGAACGUAUUUGAUGAGGCGAUUGUCGCUGCGCUCGAGCCCCAGGUCGUGCGAAAGAAAUCAAAGUGCUUGAUCUUUUAAGUGGCAGGAUUCUUCGUCAGGAACCAAAGUGUACAAUGGAGUGGAUCGUGUCGUCUGUUUGUCUUUUCGGGAGGCACUCUAGAAACGGCUUGCGAGGUCCACUUUUGAUGCACGACAAUGCCCACGAAGAAGUUAAAAAUAUAGUGGAAACAUCAUUCAGUAAAUAAUACUCUUAUACAUACGACAUUCUCCCCCACUCUCUAUGCAACGUGUCAACCGGUUGAUAUUCGGUGCCUGGAGUCCUCUGCUUCAAAA